AUGGCGGUCAGCCCGUACGUAAGUCGGGCAGAGUUGUGGCUGGCAAACUCAAGUUUUCGACCAACUUUCCACCUUCCAAAUGACUUCCAUCCCAGUGUUUUUCUCAAAUGGUUCCCAGGACACAUGGCAAAAGGUCUGUCACUCAGCGCUGUUGAAAUUAUUUUCGAUAACACUGAGGAAACAAUCUCCAUUAUGACAACUAAUUCAUUGUUGAUAUAUUUGUUACAGCUUUACGUAUGAUGCAACUCCGAUUACAAAAAUGUGACUGUGUAAUAGAAGUUCAUGAUGCGAGAAUAUCCUUUUCAGUGCAAAAACUUGUAUGAUUAAAGUAAAGCGAUUAUAUGCAAACUUGCUAUCAAGGGCUUUCAUCCAACACCUCAACCAAAUUGAAAGAUGUACACUUACCAAAGUAAAGAACCUAUAAAUAAGCUGUACAGCCUAUUCAAGAUAUAUAGGUGCCGACACUUACGGAUCUUUUUGGGGAUGCAUAUCUACAUGCAUUAAACAGUCAUGUUUUCAGAUCUUUCCCUCAGGGCACUGUUUGUGCUGCACAAAUCCUUUUUCCUUAACUUCACUUAAAUUCCCUUUUCUGGAAGAAAUCCUAAGUUAAAAGAAAAAUUACAAGGCCGACCACAUGUCUUGGUGCUGAACAAGGCAGAUCUCUUAGGAAAUACGAAGAAGAAACAAGUACAAUAUUUUGAAAGAUAAUUGGAGCCUCAUGUUUUUUGUGUUUUGUAGUUAAACAGGAUAUAUUGGAUUUACUUACACCCUGGUAAAAUUUGCAAAGGGAACCUAUAUAUAUUUUAAGUGACUUUUAUCCUAAUUGCCCAAUUCCCUGCUCUGCUAAUUGGCUGGGACUUAUUUGAUAAUAAUAAUGUUAUGACCAUUACUUUUAUUAUACACAUGUUUUUAUCUGAAUUGAAGGAUAUCCUUAGAUGUCUGGAAGAUGACGGUAUCAGAGCAAUGUUUACCGACAGUAAAGCACAGUAUCACCAUAGUAUCAGAAAGGUAAAGUAUGUCUAGGCAACUCUAUCACAACAGGGAGUCCCUGUAUGGAUACCUAAGGGUGCGGAUUUCAUUGCGCACAUUUCAUUAAAUUGUUGGUUUUCAGGUGAAAUCAUUGCAUACCAAGAACUGUUUUGUGGGGUAAUGCUACUAGUGAGCUACCAAUGCCAAUGUCAGUGCUUAUAGUUAGAAAAGAAGGAGAGUUUUUCUUGUGAUACCUUCACUGUUUAACAAAGGAAAGAGGCUAGUGUGGAUCCACACCGGUUUCCACUGUUUUACUGAAAUCAGUCACAUUUUUUAUAAUAAAUAUAUUUGUAACAAUAAAAAACCCUUUCCAAGUUGAAAUCCUGUCUGAAUGACUUGGAAACCCUGGAAAGGGGACUUAAAGGAGUAAAAAUCUAAAAAAUUUCCUGAGGGAGCCUGCCCCCAGACCCCGCUUGGAAAUCAAUCAGUAUUUAUCCCAGAUCUACGCCUGAGAAGGAGAGGUCCUAAAAGGGGGGAGGGAAGGGGCACUUAUUCUAAGAAAUAGAGUGUAUUAUUGAAAAAGUAAGUAAGUAUUCUAUUGUGUCAACAGAUAAUUCCCACCGCCCUAGAGGCUAUUAAGGAUGCAGAGUAUGAGGGAACGUAUAUCAGACCAGUAAGUGUGAUUUCAUAAUCUCCUUUAAACUUUUUAAUUCAUUACAUCAACAAAGGUCUUUAUGGUCUCUGUUUGAUUAAGAGUAUUAUAGAGUGGUGGACUACAUAAUUUUAGGGAUGUGUCACGUGAGCUGUGCAUAUGCAACUGGAAGCACAAGCACAAAAGAUUAUCACACAUUUUAUGCAGAUUCAAGCACUAAGAUAUCUCUAUACAUUUGGGUAUCUUGCAUCCCAACAUGGCUGUUAAACUAUCUUCACCUUUGAAUUUGCGGUUUCAUUUGCAUUGUCGUAGUUCACCCAUGUGAAAUUCAAAUGCAAGCGGAAAUGCAAGCAUCACCACAAGAAUUAGACUGCUAGUUGCAUUGGUGCUUGCUGUUAUAUAAAUUUUACAAUAAGGUUGUUCACACUUGUGUUUUCUUGAGCUUUGUAGCGAUUUGCUUAAUAGAUUCGGUUUUCUCUAAUUUAUCAUAUUAUUGAAUUAAGAUGAUGUGAACUGCAAGAUUGCAAAUUUAAAUGAAAAUAUGAUCAUCGCAGCAGUAAUAUUGCAGUUCAAAAUUAAACUCGAGAAAAUUUCAGGGCUUCUAUAGGAUGCCCAGUAGUGCUCAUUGGGAGUUGGCCAAUUUCCGUUGUUAAGUUUAUUUGGCUGUGUAAUUAUCAUAUACUACCAGAUAUAUUAUUUUUUAAACCUGAACAAUUUUCUUUCUAGGAACCAGACAAGCCUUACAACAUUCUAAUAUGUGGUUUACCAAAUACUGGAAAGUCUUCUUUAGUCAAUGCACUGAGAAGAAAAUACAUGAAGAAAGGUAUGAGCAAUGUUUUUACUGGAGAUGGGACUGCCAUAUUAUGAGGUCAUCCGAGCCACAAGAAGGUCUAGCCAUUUGCAGAGCAAAGGCAGUACCUUUAUCUCUCAGUUAUAUUAAGAUGUAGACUAUUCCAGGGAUCAAAAUUAAUUGUCGACCUCCCACAUUGCGGUCAAGUGCUGUACCCGUUAAGGUUGUCCUGCCAUGAUUAUGGGGUUUGAUUUGAGAAUUUUGCUCUCUUUCUCAACUGUAAUGUCAAUUCUUGAAACUCUGAUUGUUUGAUUUGUAAUAAUUUGUUGAUGUAAUUUCUAUAAUCAAUGGUCACGUUAUAGUUUAUGUAUUUCAGGUAAAGCUACCAGAGUUGGAGCAGUCCCUGGGAUAACCACUUCUAUUGAAAAUAGAAUUAAGGUAACUCUUUACUGCUGUCACAUUAAUUAAAACAUGAACAGUUUAUUAAUAAUGCUUCUUGAAUGUUCAAGCUUGAUUUGUAUUUUAAUUUAUGUGUUAUAUUGCAGGUUUGUGAUGAGCCAGUGGCAUACAUGUAUGAUACGCCAGGUAAAAAUUCUUGGUUUACAACCAUGUGACAAUUAAAGGCAGCCAUGUUGGUGGUCAAUACAAUAAAAGUUUAUUGUAUAAUUUAUGUGAAAAUGAUGUUUAGUUCCCAGAGGAAAGAAAUGCUUUUGUUUGGCUGCCAUGACAUCCCCUGCAAACCAGCAAUAAACUGCAAACACCUGUAUGAUGUACUGAAAAAAUCAAGCUGGGACUGCUACAGUUACACAGUUUUUGGUGCUUUAUUAACAUGUUUGUGUGGCUUUUCUCAUCUCCUUAAGGUAUCAUGGCUCCUUAUAUACCAACAGCAGAAGUGGGAAUGAAAUUGGCUUUAACCGGUACUGUUUUUAUUACUGUUAAAGUGUCUGUGAAAAAUUAGCAAGACACGUUUCUACAUUGUUUCUAAGCUGAACUAAAGUGUUCUGUUAACCAUAAAGCAUUUUAAACAGUGCAUACUUUCUUGGCUGCAAUUACAUCAUAUGGAAAAUUAAACAGGUUGUUUUGUUACCUUGGAAUGAACUUACAUAAGUAGUUGACUCAAUGAAAAAAAAAAAUUAGACAUUAAUUUUAAAGUGUCGCAUUACUUCUAUUUCUUUGCAGGAUGUUUUAAAGACCAUGUCGUGGGUGAAGAUCUCAUUGCUGACUAUCUGUUAUUCACUUUGAAUAAACAGAAGUGUUUCAAGUGA